AAGAUGGCGGCUGAAGGCGAUCCGGAGCGGGGCCCCAGCAGUUCGGACUGAGCCUUCUCCCUCCACCCGCUCCCGCCGGCCGGGCCCCUCCCGCCCGGCCCCGCGGGCCUCCCCACCCGGCCGGGCGCCCGCCCCCGCCGCCCCUGCGCCCGCCCCUCCCCCUCCGCCUUCCCUUCUCCCCCCGCCGCGGCUCCGACAUGAGGGGCCGGCGGGGCAGGCCGCCCAAGCAGCCCGCGGCUCCCGCUGCGGAGCGCUGCGCCCCGGCCCCGCCGCCGCCGCCGCCCGCGUCCGGACCCAUCGGGGGGCUCCGCUCGCGGCACCGCGGCAGCAGCCGGGGCAGGUGGGCCGCCGCCCAGGCUGAGGUGGCGCCCAAGACGCGGCUGAGCUCGCCCCGGGGGGGCGGCAGCAGCCGGAGGAAGCCGCCGCCGCCGCCGCCGCCGCCGCCGGCCCCCCCCAGCAGCAGCGCCCCGGGCCGGGGGGGGCGAGGAGGCGGGGGCGGCAGGGCGGGGGGCGGCGGCGGCCACCCGGCCCGGAGCACCACGGCCCGCAGGGCCGUCAGCAAAGUGGUGUACGACGACCACGAGAGCGAGGAGGAGGAGGAGGAGGAGGAGGACAUGGUCUCCGAGGAGGAGGAGGAGGAGGAGGAGGAGGGCGACGCCGAGGAGACCCAGGAUUCCGAGGACGACGAGGAAGACGAGAUGGAGGAGGAUGACGAAGAUUCCGAUUAUCCGGAGGGGAUGGAAGACGACGACGACGACGCCAGCUACUGCACGGAGAGCAGCUUCAGGAGCCACAGCACGUACAGCAGCACUCCAGGUAGGCGAAAACCAAGAGUACAUCGGCCUCGUUCUCCAAUAUUGGAAGAAAAAGACAUCCCACCCCUUGAAUUUCCUAGGUCAUCUGAGGAUUUAAUGGUGCCUAAUGAGCAUAUAAUGAAUGUUAUCGCCAUUUAUGAGGUACUGCGGAACUUUGGCACUGUUUUAAGGUUAUCUCCUUUUCGCUUUGAGGACUUCUGUGCAGCUCUGGUGAGUCAAGAGCAGUGCACACUUAUGGCGGAGAUGCACGUUGUGCUAUUAAAAGCAGUUUUGCGUGAAGAAGACACUUCGAACACUACCUUUGGACCUGCUGAUCUGAAAGAUAGCGUUAAUUCCACACUGUACUUCAUAGAUGGAAUGACAUGGCCGGAGGUGCUGCGGGUGUACUGUGAGAGCGAUAAGGAGUACCAUCAUGUUCUUCCUUACCAAGAAGCAGAGGACUAUCCUUAUGGACCAGUAGAGAACAAAAUCAAAGUUCUGCAAUUCUUAGUCGAUCAGUUUCUUACCACAAAUAUCGCUCGUGAGGAAUUGAUGUCGGAAGGGGUGAUCCAGUAUGAUGACCAUUGCAGGGUGUGUCACAAGCUUGGGGACCUGCUUUGUUGUGAGACAUGUUCAGCAGUAUACCAUUUGGAAUGUGUGAAACCACCUCUUGAGGAGGUGCCAGAGGAUGAAUGGCAGUGUGAAGUCUGUGUAGCACACAAGGUGCCUGGUGUGACUGACUGUGUUGCUGAAAUCCAAAAAAACAAACCGUAUAUUCGACAUGAACCUAUUGGAUAUGACAGAAGUCGGAGGAAAUACUGGUUCUUAAACCGAAGACUCAUAAUAGAAGAAGAUACAGAAAAUGAAAAUGAAAAGAAAAUUUGGUACUACAGCACAAAAGUCCAGCUUGCAGAAUUAAUUGACUGUCUAGACAAAGAUUACUGGGAAGCAGAACUCUGCAAAAUUCUGGAAGAAAUGCGUGAAGAAAUCCAUCGGCACAUGGACAUAACUGAAGACCUGACCAAUAAGGCUCGGGGCAGUAACAAAUCCUUUCUGACGGCAGCUAAUGAAGAAAUUUUGGAAUCCAUAAGAGCCAAAAAGGGGGACAUUGAUAUUAUUAAAAGCCCAGAAGAAAUAGAAAAGGACAAGAAUGAGACUGAGAAUAAUAACUGCAAGGAUGCUGAGAAAAGUAGAGACGAGUUUGAACACCAGUCCCUUGAAAAAGACAGUGACGACGACAAGACGCCAGAUGAUGAUCCUGAGCAAGGAAAAUUUGAGGAGCCAACAGAAGUUGGGGAUAAAGGUAACUCUGUGUCAGCAAAUCUUGGCGACAACACAACAAAUGCUGCUUCAGAAGAGACUAGUCCCUCUGAAGGGAGGAGUCCCGUGGGGUGUCCCUCAGAAACCCAUGAUAGCAGCAACAUGGCAGAGAAGAAGGUGGCAUCUGAGCUCCCCCCGGAUGUGCCAGAAGAACCUAACAAGACAUGUGACAGCAGUAACACUAGUGCCACCACUACCUCCAUCCAGCCUAAUCUGGAAAACAGUAACAGCAGCAGUGAACUAAAUUCUUCCCAGAGUGAAUCUGCUAAGGCAGCUGAUGAUCCUGAAAAUGGAGAAAGAGAAUCUCUUACACCUGUCUCUAUUCAAGAAGAGAUAGGUGAUUUCAAAUCAGAGAAGUCUAAUGGGGAAAUAAGUGAGUCCCCUGGAGGUGGAAGAGGAGCCUCUGGUUCUACUCGAAUUAUUACCAGAUUAAGGAAUCCAGACAGCAAACUCAGUCAGUUGAAGAGCCAACAGGUGGCAGCCGCAGCCCAUGAAGCAAAUAAAUUAUUUAAGGAGGGCAAAGAGGUACUGGUAGUUAACUCUCAAGGAGAAAUUUCACGGUUGAGCACGAAAAAGGAAGUGGUCAUGAAAGGAAAUAUCAACAAUUAUUUCAAGUUGGGUCAAGAAGGGAAGUAUCGUGUCUACCACAAUCAGUACUCCACCAAUUCAUUUGCUUUGAAUAAGCACCAGCACAGAGAAGAUCAUGAUAAGAGAAGGCAUCUUGCCCAUAAAUUCUGUCUGACUCCAGCAGGAGAGUUCAAAUGGAAUGGCUCUGUCCAUGGGUCCAAAGUUCUUACCAUAUCUACGCUGAGACUAACUAUCACCCAGCUGGAAAACAACAUCCCUUCAUCCUUUCUUCAUCCCAACUGGGCUUCACACAGGGCAAAUUGGAUCAAGGCAGUUCAAAUGUGUAGCAAACCCAGAGAAUUUGCAUUGGCUUUAGCUAUUUUGGAGUGUGCUGUUAAACCAGUUGUGAUGCUACCAAUAUGGCGGGAAUCUUUAGGACACACCAGGUUACACAGGAUGACAUCAAUUGAAAGAGAAGAAAAGGAGAAAGUCAAAAAGAAAGAGAAAAAACAAGAAGAAGAAGAAACAAUGCAACAAGCUACAUGGGUAAAAUACACAUUUCCAGUUAAACAUCAGGUUUGGAAACAAAAAGGAGAGGAAUACAGAGUAACGGGAUACGGUGGUUGGAGCUGGAUUAGUAAAACUCACGUUUAUAGGUUUGUUCCUAAAUUGCCAGGCAAUACUAAUGUGAAUUACAGAAAGCCAUUGGAAGGAACCAAAAAUAAUAUGGAUGAAAAUAUGGAUGAAUUAGAUAGAAGAAAAAGUCCAAAAAAAAUAAGAACAGAGUCUGAAUCUGAAGAAGGCGAGGUAAAAGACUCAGAUGCUGCAAAAGGAGCAGACCAAAGUGAAAUGGACAUUUCAAAGGUUACUGAGAAGGACCAAGAUGUAAAAGAAGUCUUAGAUUCUGACACUGAUAAAUCCAUUAAGGAAGAACCAAUGGAAGUGGACGAUGAUGUGAAAACAGAAUCACACAUAAAUUGUCAGGAAAGUCCUCGAGUAGAUGUGGUCAAUGUGAGUGAGGGUUUUCAUCUAAGGACUAGUUAUAAAAAGAAAAUUAAAUCAUCUAAACUAGAUGGACUUCUUGAAAGGAGAAUUAAACAGUUUACACUGGAAGAGAAACAACGUCUUGAAAAAAUUAAGUUGGAGGGUGGAAUUAAGGGUCUAGGAAAGACCUCUCCAAGUUCUUUGAAAAGUCUUUCUGAGUCACCACUAAUAAAAUCAAAAGAAGGGUGUCACAGUGACUUGCUUAGACAAGAACAAAGCCCUAAUAUAAGUAACGAUAAAUCUGAAGACUUGAUUCAGGGAUGUUCACACAGUAAUUCCUCAAUUCUUGGUAUUGGUGAUCCUAAUCAUGCAACAAACAAACUCUAUCCAAAAGAUCCAGUGUUAGAUGAUGUCUCCAUUCAGAGCCCAGAAACUAACUGUCAGAAACAAAAUUCUGUUGGAAAUGACAUAGAUGAAAGUAUCUCUGAACUUACUGGUAAAGGCCAGGGACCCAGUAAAAUUAAAACAAAAGGAAGUGGUUUUCUCAUUGAUGACUCUAAACUAGCCAGUGCAGAUGAAAUUGGUACUUUGAUCUAUAAAAACAAAAAACCAUUCAUACAGGAGGAUAAUGACACCAUUGUUUCUCCAUCCCAGAGCCCUUCACUUCCGUCAGUACCUAAAGGUACUGAUGAUAGAGAUAUCCCAUCUCUGUCAAAAGCAAUGGACUUUGAAGGAAAACUAGGAUGUGACUCUGAAUAUAAUAGCACUUUGGAAAAUAGUUCUGAUACUAUGUCUAUUCAAGAUAGCAGUGAAGAAGAUAUGAUUGUUCAGAAUAGCAAUGAAAGUAUUUCUGAACAGUUCAUAACUCAAGAAGAAGGUAUUGAAGGCUUGGAACAGUUGAAACAUGAGUUUGUUUCAGAUAAUUCCACUGGAAACUGUGAUGAAAGGCUGCAGAGUAAGGUAACUGAAGCAAAUGGUAAAAAACCAAGUCCAGAACAGAAAUUAGAGGAGAGACCAGUUAAUAAAUGUAUUGAUCAAAUAAAUCUAAAAAGUAGCACUGACAAAAAGAAUAAUGAAAAUCGAGAGUCUGAAAAGAAAGGACAGAAAACAGGUACCUUUCAAAUAAAUGGAAAAGAUAGUAAACCCAAAGUAUAUUUGAAAGGUGAAUGCUUGAAAGAAAUCUCACAGAGUAAAGUAGUAAGUGGUGAUGUUGAACCAAAGGUUAAUAAUAUAAAUAAAAUAAUUCCUGAAAAUAUUAAAUGUUUGACUGUUAAAGAAUCUGCUGUAAAACCAUUCAUGAAUGGUGAUGUUAUCAUGGAAGAUUUUAAUGAAAAAAACAACUUAGAAACAAAAUCAUGUCUACUGAGAUCUUCAGGUACUGAAGUUAACUACCAAGGUGGCCUAGAGACUCUGCUGGCAGCCAGAGAGUCGGAGAGUGCGCGGACUGCCACGCCUCCACCGUCCUGUUCAGAAAGCAGUUCAGUAGAUCAAGUAGAAGAUAUGGAAAUUGAAACCUCAGAAGUUAAGAAAGUUACUCCAUCACCUAUUACUUCUGGAGAGGAAUCUAACCUGAGUAAUGAUUUUAUUGAUGAAAAUGGUCUGCCCACCAACAAAGAUGAAAAUGUCAAUGGAGAAUCUAAAAGAAAAACAGUCAUCACAGAAGUCACCACCAUGACAUCCACAGUGGCCACAGAAUCAAAAACUGUGAUCAAGGUAGCAAAAGGUGAUAAGCAAUCCGUGGUCUCUUCCUCAGAAAAUAGUGCCAAAUCCACUGUUACAACCACCACUACAACCGUAACAAAGCUUUCCACACCCUCCACAGACAGCAGCAUGGACAUCAUUUCUGUGAAGGAGCAGAGCAGAACUGUGGUCACCACGACAGUGACGGACUCCCUGACCACUGCAGGGGGCACCCUGGUCACGUCCAUGACUGUGAGCAAAGAGUAUUCCACGAGAGACAAAGUGAAACUCAUGAAAUUUUCAAGACCCAAAAAGACUCGUUCAGGUACAGCUCUGCCAUCCUAUAGAAAGUUUAUCACCAAGAGCAGCAAGAAGAGCAUAUUUGUUUUGCCUAAUGAUGACUUAAGAAAACUGGCCCGAAAAGGAGGAAUCAGAGAAGUCCCUUAUUUUAAUUACAAUGCAAAACCUGCCUUGGACAUAUGGCCAUAUCCUUCUCCUAGACCAACUUUUGGUAUCACUUGGAGGUAUAGACUUCAGACUGUGAAGUCCUUAGCCGGAGUGAGCCUUAUGUUAAGGUUACUAUGGGCAAGUCUGAGAUGGGAUGACAUGGCAGCCAAGGCUCCUCCAGGAGGAGGAACUACACGCACAGAAACAUCUGAAACUGAAAUCACAACAACAGAAAUAAUUAAGAGGCGAGAUGUUGGUCCUUAUGGCAUUCGAUCUGAAUAUUGUAUCAGGAAAAUCAUUUGUCCGAUUGGAGUUCCAGAAGCACCAAAAGAAACACCUACACCUCAGAGGAAAGGCCUUCGAUCAAGUGCAUUGCGGCCAAAGAGACCAGAAACGCCCAAGCAAACUGGCCCUGUUAUUAUUGAAACUUGGGUAGCAGAAGAAGAGUUGGAAUUAUGGGAGAUUAGGGCAUUUGCUGAGAGAGUGGAGAAAGAAAAGGCACAAGCAGUUGAACAACAGGCUAAGGUUAGUGAACAGAAGAAGGCAGAGGACUUCAAGGCCCAAAUGGAGGCUCACCUGAAACAGCAGCGGUUGGCUGCCCAGCAGAAACGAUUGGAACAACAGAAGCCUACAGUAAUUGCAGCUUCCACUACUUCCCCAACAAACAAUACAACUAGUACCAUCUCUCCAGCACAGAAAGUUAUGGUGGCCCCCAUCAGUGGCUCAGUUACAACUGGAACUAAAAUGGUACUAACCACUAAAGUUGGAUCUCCAGCUACAGUUACAUUCCAGCAGAACAAGAACUUCCACCAGACCUUUGCUACGUGGGUUAAGCAAGGCCAGUCAAAUUCAGCCACCAGCACAGCUGCCACAUCUGCUACAACCAUUGCCAGCACAGGUCAGACGUUCCAAAUUACAGGCAAUCCAGUCACUAUGGCAGGAAAAGUAAUUACCAAACUGCCACUUCCUGCAAACAGCAAGAUUGUCGCUGUAAAUGUGCCAGCAACACAAGGAGGUGUUGUUCAAGUACAGCAGAAAGUCCUGGGUAUCAUUCCAUCAAGUACAGGUACAAGUCAGCAGACCUUUACUUCAUUCCAGCCCAGGACAGCAACAGUCACAAUCAGGCCCAAUACCUCGGGCUCUGGAGGAACCACAAGCACUUCACAAGUAAUCACAGGGCCUCAGAUCCGCCCUGGUAUGACGGUGAUUAGAACACCACUCCAACAGUCAACAUUAGGAAAGGCAAUUAUUCGAACACCUGUGAUGGUACAGCCAGGUACUCCUCAGCAAGUGAUGACUCAGAUCGUCAGGGGGCAGCCUGUUUCCACUGCACUCUCUACCCCUACUGCAGUUUCCUCAACACCUGGGCAGAAAGGAUUGACUCCAGGAACUUCCACUGCAAAUUUACCGUCUUCAACCUCACAGUCCCCUCGCCCGCAACAAGGACAGGUGAAGCUUACCAUGGCUCAACUCACUCAGUUAACGCAGGGCCAUGGUGGCAACCAAGGUUUGACAGUAGUAAUUCAAGGACAAGGUCAAACUACUGGACAACUGCAGUUGAUACCUCAAGGGGUGACUAUACUUCCAGGUCCAGGACAGCAGCUAAUGCAAGCUGCGAUGCCAAAUGGUACUGUUCAGCGAUUCCUCUUCACCCCGUUGGCCACAACAGCCUCAACAGCCAGCACCAGCACCACCGCAGUUUCCACUACAGCAGCAGGUACAAGUGAACAAAGACAGAGUAAAUCAUCCCCCCCAACACAGACACAGGUGCAACAAGCCAGAAACCUGCCACCAGCUCAGUCAUCGAGUGUGAGUCCUCCAGAAACCCAGCCACAGACUGCUCAGCCUUCUGCUCAGCCCCAGCCCCAAACUCAGCCCCAGUCCCCGGCUCAGCCUGAAGUUCAGACUCAGCCCGAAGUUCAGACCCCAACAACUGUGGCAUCCCAUGUCCCUCCUGAAGCACAGGCCACCCAGACACAGUCAUCCAGACCCCAAGGUGCAGUACAGAGUCAGCCUCAAAGUAAUGUCCAAGGACAGUCGCCUGCUCGCGUCCAGAGUCCACCACAGUCCCGAAUACGUCCAUCAACUCCAUCCCAAGUGUCUCCCGGACAGCAAUCCCAGGUUCAGACUACAGCCUCACAACCGAUUCCAAUUCAGCCACAUACAUCUCUUCAGAUACCUCCCCAGGGCCAGCCACAGUCACAACCCCAGGUACAGUCUUCAACUCAAACUCUUUCAUCAGGACAAACGUUAAGUCAAGUUACUGUUACAUCCCCAUCCUGUCCUCAGCUCCAAACACAGCAGCCACAGCCCCAAGUCAUUGCUGUGCCUCAGCUGCAACAAGUCCAGGUGCUCUCUCAGAUCCAGUCGCAGGUUGUGGCUCAGAUACAGGCUCAGCAAGGUGGUGUGCCCCAGCAAAUCAAACUCCAGUUACCUAUUCAAAUUCAGCAAAGCAGUCCUGUGCAGACUCACCAGAUUCAGAAUGUGGUUACAGUGCAGGCAGCCAGUGUGCAAGAGCAGUUGCAAAGGGUUCAGCAACUCAGGGAUCAGCAGCAAAAGAAGAAACAGCAACAGAUAGAAAUUAAGCGGGAACACACUCUCCAAGCUUCUAAUCAAAGUGAAAUCAUUCAGAAACAGGUGGUGAUGAAGCAUAAUGCUGUAAUAGAACAUUUAAAGCAGAAAAAGACCAUGACUCCAGCUGAAAGAGAAGAGAAUCAAAGAAUGAUUGUCUGUAACCAGGUGAUGAAGUAUAUUUUGGAUAAGAUAGAUAAAGAAGAAAAGCAGGCAGCAAAGAAACGGAAGCGUGAAGAGAGUGUGGAACAGAAACGUAGCAAGCAGAAUGCUACCAAGCUCUCUGCACUGCUCUUCAAACACAAAGAGCAGCUCAAAGCCGAAAUACUGAAAAAGAGAGCACUCCUGGACAAAGAUCUACAAAUUGAAGUGCAGGAGGAGCUCAAGAGAGACCUGAAAAUUAAGAAAGAAAAAGAGGUGUUGCAGGCCACAGCAGUAGCUGUCAGCUCCCCCGCACUGCCGCCUGUGCCUCCCACGCCUCCGGCCCCUCCGCCUUCGCCUCCACCUCCACCUCCCCCGCAGCACCCGGGCCCCCUGCCCACAGCCACAGCCUUGGCCACGCUGCCUACAGCUUCCCAGAAGAGGAAGCGGGAAGAGGAAAGAGACUCAAGCUCCAAGUCCAAGAAGAAGAAAAUGAUCUCUACUACCUCAAAGGAAACUAAGAAGGACACAAAGCUUUACUGUAUCUGUAAAACGCCUUAUGAUGAAUCUAAGUUCUAUAUUGGCUGUGAUCUUUGUACUAACUGGUAUCAUGGAGAAUGUGUUGGCAUCACAGAAAAGGAGGCUAAGAAAAUGGAUGUGUACAUCUGUAAUGAUUGUAAACGGGCACAAGAGGGCAGCAGUGAGGAAUUGUACUGUAUCUGCAGAACACCUUAUGAUGAGUCACAAUUUUAUAUCGGCUGUGAUCGGUGUCAGAAUUGGUACCAUGGGCGCUGCGUUGGCAUCUUGCAGAGUGAGGCAGAGCUCAUUGAUGAGUAUGUCUGUCCACAGUGCCAGUCGACAGAGGAUGCCAUGACAGUGCUCACGCCACUAACAGAGAAAGAUUAUGAGGGUUUGAAGAGAGUGCUGCGUUCUUUACAGGCCCAUAAGAUGGCCUGGCCUUUCCUUGAACCAGUGGAUCCCAAUGAUGCACCAGAUUAUUACGGUGUUAUUAAGGAACCUAUGGACCUUGCCACCAUGGAAGAAAGAGUACAAAGACGAUAUUAUGAAAAGCUGACGGAAUUUGUGGCAGAUAUGACCAAAAUUUUUGAUAACUGUCGUUACUACAAUCCAAGUGACUCCCCUUUUUACCAGUGUGCAGAAGUUCUUGAAUCAUUCUUUGUACAGAAAUUGAAAGGAUUCAAGGCUAGCAGAUUGUGAUAUCUUUAGUCUGAAUUUUUAACUGGAAUCAGAACUGGAUGUUGGGUCACUCUUUCUUUUAUUGUACCACAUAAUUACCUAAUUCAAAACUGCCCCAAAAAAGUUCGGUUUAGUUAAUAUAAUUUUUUAAUGUUAAAAAAGAUGUAUAGUAGUAAACAGUUUAUCCUAGCAGCCAUGUUGAACAAUGUAUCUAAAAAUUGUAAACUCCUGGAAUACUGUAUUUAUAUACACUAUUGCAAAAGAAAAUACUUUGACUUAGUCCUGGUAAUUGUACAGUAAUUUGGUUUACUAACAAAAGUUGUGAAUAAAGCUGUGAAACUAGAAAGGAGACUUUCUGGACUUUAAUAGAAAAAUGUGACUUCAAUACUACUGUUUUUCUUAUUUAGCAUAAAUUUUUCCCUUCAUAUUCCACACAUCAGUGUAAAUACACACACACACACACACACACACACACACACACACAUCUUUUAGCGCAAUGGAAACACUUGUGUAAAUGUCUCAAUUUGUCCCCUUGGCUAAAAUGUUGUACACUUUAUUAGACAAACAUAUAUAUACAUAUUUUUUUAAUAAUGGCUUUUUCCAGUGACCAUUUAGUACACAGUGAAAAUUUUUAGUAUUAUAGGUUAAAAAUUUCUUACUUGUUUUUGUAUAUUGCUUGCCGAGGGUGAAUGAAAUAACAUGGCUGCUUCCCCCAGACAGACUGACCUUGGCACCCACAUAAAGAAAGCAUCAUUGUUUUAAAAAGUGAAGGGUGCUUAAUUGUUCCCUUUUCUCUAUAUUCUGUAGGUCUCAUAACAACAAACUGCAGUCAACAGCUUCUUAAAGUUCAGCGUGUUAAUCUAACAUAAAACACAGCAAGAAUCUGGUUGUCUGAACUAUUUUAAAUUAAGGAGCCAGAUGUUUUUAGUCAGGUUAUCCUGACAAGACUUGACCUAAACUUCGUUUUUAUUGGUCAUAACAGUCCAAUUAUAUUCUUGGCCAAUUUUGUCCAACGGACAAGGGAAAAGCAAAGUCAACGACACCAUUAUCUUGUCAAGAUCAAAUGGUUUUACUAUUGUGGCAGAAGCGGGAAAACUUUGUUUAUUGAAAAAAAGAAAAAAGAAAGCAAGAAAAAAAGAUAUUAUGGGGUCAAGUAUAACUCCAUGGAAAUGCCACGUCUGCUCUUCAGUGAAGAAGCUGGUUUAGAGUCUCACAGAAAACUUUUGACUGUAUUUAUUUAUUGUUGCAAAAAAGACGCUUUUUUAUUGCUGCCCUCAUUUGUCAGCUAAUUAUUUUUUCUUAUAAAAUCCAGUCCCAGUUACAUGUAAGCCACUCUGUAUCUUAUCAUGAUUCCUGUAGGUAAAAGUACAAGAUGACCUCUAGAUGUCUUUUCUUUCUAUGAAAGGAGCUGCUAUGUACACAUGUGCACACAUACACACACACACACACACACACACAACUGGGAAUCAACAAUGAGUUUAUUGUUCAUGGUAGAUAAAAAUUAAGCUUUCAUAAAGGUUGGGUUAAGUGGUCCUGGACUACAGACUCUGUUGCCUUGACUAUAACCGUACAGUUUGUCAUUUACUCUGCACCAGGCUAAAAUGAGUAAAAUCUAUUUGAAGGUAUCUUGUUUGUAAACAUUUGUCAGAUUCUAAUUUUUUUCUUUUUGUAUUAAAAUUCAACUAUGGAUGUAUAUGAAACAAAAUAAAUGGAGAUAAUUUUUCUCCCACA